AUGGCAAAUUUCACCACGGCAGAACGUGACAAACUGGAGGAAACGCGACGGCAGCUGGAAAGGCGGCUCGAGGGUUGCGAGGCCGAGCUCAAGGACAAAGAGGAGGAGCUCUUCCUGCAACUAGAGCGCAGUCUGCGGCUCGAGGACGAGGUCGAGAGGGCACGUCAGGAGCGGGAGGUCUGCCUCGAGGCCCGUGAGCGACUCGAACGGGAGCAAACCUCGGCCCUACGGCAGCUGCAGAUCCAAUCGGCCCAGAACGAGAUCACCCGUCGAUCCUUGGAGCGGGCGCGCCAGGAAGUCGUGAGGCAGGCAACUGCGAUUAGGGCUGAGCGCGAUGCCCUCGAGCGCGAGAACGAGGCGCUGAAGGAGAAGCUGCGCGUCGAGCAGGACGAACUCGGCGAGGAGCGUCGACGCAACGAGGAAGGCGUCGCUGCGCUCACCCACGAGGCGACGACCCUGAGGCACGCGGCACGACAUCUACGGGCGGCAGCACUCCACGCGACCUCCUGCCGUCGCCGUCGGCGCUGCUCCGUCUGCUUAUACGCGAGGCGCACCUUCCAGGACGUCGACGAUUACCGCGACGACGGGAAACUGUUCAAGUGCCUUCAAGCGCCGCUGCAGGAUCUUCGCACCUGGCUGAGACCGGGAACGCCCGCGGCACUACCUCCACUACGCACGAGCUCGCCCCUCGAGGGCGGCACGAUCAGCUACAUCGACGACUCGGGCACGAGCUCCGAGGACGAGGCCUAUUCCAACACGCCCGCGGCCGAGGUUUCGCUGUCCUCGACAGUAUCCAGCGCACCGGCCACCGCCAGAGCCUUCUCCUCGGAUUCCGGAUUUUCAUCGGAAACUGGCGAUCGACGCUCGCGCUCGUACGAGUGCGGCAACAGCAGUCGCAAGAUAAGCGAGUCCUCGAGCAGCGAACCCGGGGACGCGGCUAGCGCCCAGCGUCUGGGCACCUUCACGCGCUCCAGGUGGACUUCCUCCUUCCGCAAGCUCCUCGGGCGCAAGUCCAAGGCCAAGGGCUCGCCCCACGCCCAGCAUACCUCGUAAGCCGGUCUCGUGCCGUGACCGACAAGUUCGCUCGGCCGUUAAUUAUAAACGAUAUUGUCAAUUAGCUUGUAAAGUUGAUGUGCUGGAUCAUCGGCGAACACGGUAACUCGAUGCCAAGGUGAGCCUGGGUCGGUCGGCAUUAACGGCGAUUUUUAUUCGGCAAUGAAAUCAAAGCGAGAUUACCGAGUCAUUGGUGCGCAACAAUGCCAUGGGGAGUCAAUUUAAGGUAUCUUAUAGAGGGAGCGUAUGAGAUUGUGCAAAGGGCUUUACAAGCUCUUGA